AGCAGGCGCUUCUCGCCGCUUUUCCUCUGCCAUGAAGCUCAUUUACGAAGUUCCUGCCUCGCGACGCAAGCUCCAACCACGUCGUGGGAGUGCUGGUGACCUAUAAUGUCGCUUCAGGGCCUCGAAACCGAGAAAUCGUCGCUGAUCCCAAGUGAGGACAAGUCUACAGUGACAUCCGGCAAACCCCGUCGGAAGCUCGGACAUGUUGCGUUGAUUGCACUACUAUCGACGCUCGCCAUCACUGGGCUCCUUAUGCUUUUCCGCUGGACUCCAGGCACGCAGACCACCACCGGAUUCAUCUCAAACCCGUCCGUUCCUCGAAUCCGGGUGAGUUUUCCGGCGUCGGUACAUUCGAAGCCGAUCACCGGUCGGUUGAUGGUUUGCAUCGCUCAAAAGCAUGCCGUGAGUGACCCACAAGGCGAAGACCAGCCUCGGUUCCUCGUUGGUGAUUCGAAAGAUACGCAGCAGAUUUUUGCAGUCGACGUCUGGGGUUUCGCUCCGGGUGAUAUGAAGACGGAGCAUCGAGUGGUGAAUGCCACACACGCGGUAGGCUAUCCCAUGCUCUUCAUGCACCAAGUACCUGCUGGAGAGUAUUGGGUACAAGCAGUUCUACACCCGUACGUGGAGUACAAUCGCUCGGAUGGCUGGAAUCUCCAACUUCCCAGCUUCACGACGUUCGAGAGUGACGGUGGCGUGCUCACGGCCCCCGGCACGCUUUACAGUGCCGCUAAACUCGCACUCUUCGACCCUGCAACCUUCUCGGUUGAUCUUGUACUAACACAAGUGGAACCGGAACUCCCACCUCUUGAAGAACCUCAUGAACUGCUCAAACACGUGACGUUCCGCAGUCCGUCGCUAUCGGAUUUCUGGGGCACGGACGUGCUUCUGAAAGCCUGGGUACUGCUACCGCACCGCUUUUUCGACGACGAAAUGAAGGUUGUACAUUAUCCUCUGUUCAUCUACCACACGCACUACAGUCGCGAGUUCGAACACAGCUUCUACCCGUCUCCUCCUGCAAACACAACGUCCGCGUCACUAGGCGAACAGUACGGAUACUACUUCUUCUCCAACUGGACGUCUGAUAAACCGACUGAUCCGUUCACCAACAAGAGAGGAAUCGUCGUGCAGCUUCAACAUGCCAAUCCGUACUACGAUGAUUCGUAUGCAGUCAACAGCGCUAACAUCGGACCGUACGGCGACGCCAUCACGUACGAGUUCCUACCAUAUCUCGAGAAGAAAUUCCGUGGUAUUGGUGAAGGAUGGGCGCGUACAAUGUACGGCGGGUCCACUGGCGGCUGGGAAUCCUUCGCCGUCCAGGUCUACUAUCCCGAAGAGUACAACGGUUGCUGGUCGUUCUGUCCUGAUGCGUUCGACUUCCACAGAUUCCAACAAGUGGAUCUCUUCGCUAACAAGAACGCUUACUAUGCUCGCGGUGACUGGACUCAGAAGGACCGCGGUGCUAAGCGUAACUAUCUCGGUGAUAUUCGAGAAACGAUGGCCGAAGAGAACCACCACGAACUCGCGAUGGGCUCACGAGGACGUUCCGGUGGUCAAUGGGAUGCGUGGCAAGCCGUGUAUUCUCCGUUAAACAACACGGACGGCUACCCUGCUGCCGUUUGGGAUAAACUUACAGGUGAGAUCAAUCCACAAGUCGUAGAAUACUGGGAAGCGCACUACGACGUUCGUGCCAAGCUCCAGCGUGAGUGGCACGCCCGGGGACUCGGUCACAAACUCGUCAACAAGCUGCACGUGUACGUGGGCGUCACCGACAGCUACUACCUGAACGACGCCGUUUUCCUGCUUGAAGACUUCUUGAAGACCACUACCGAGCCGUAUUACAACGGUUCUAUCGUUCACGAGUCCAGCGACUUCCAGAGCACCAUGUCGGCUCUCUGUGGCGACAAGUUCCGUGACGGACGCGUGGUAUUCCAACAGCGUUGCCACCUUUCCGAAGAAUCACGAGAAACGCUGUCUGGCCCCCAAGACGCUGAAGCAGCGGACGGUCAGAAGGUGUUGAUCAGCGUCAGCACGGCGACGUUGCAGCCGUCACUGCAUAUGAAGUUCCAGUCAAAGAAGCACCGGCAGCCGCAGAAGUUGUGCUUUGCGUCGUUCACGCACCAAUACGCUACUAACAGUCGAGCGGUUCACGUUAUGAAAACCUUGCCCAAACAUGUCCACGACGAGCUUGUGCCGCGCUCGGAGCGCACAGCACUGCGUCAUCAACUGGAUCACUUGGCUGUGGGUUUCGACAUCCAGUCAACGCCAGCGCCGGGCGGUAGCAGUAGCCAGACAACGAGUAUUAUUGCGCACGGGUACGCGUCCGUCACGCCGCCGGAAGCUUUCGGGGCGUACACGGUGAAUCCGCGAUUACGAGUUGCUGCUCCGACACCGUCUCAGGUGACGCGACGGCGAUCAACAGUGAUGAACCCCGAAGCGAAGCACGUACUGGACUUGUUGACCCGGUCGCUGAGAGAAUUCGAGCGUGUGAUCCGGAGACGGCGCUUCGGAUUCCAGUCGUUCGUGUACUUCCAUACAUCUUCGGUGGGAGACCCUGAGCUCCGGUCGUGUUCUACCUGCCAGAAGAGGUUUUCACUGCUUCGACGCGACUUUUUCUGCCAGCUUUGCGGUCACAUGGUGUGUCGGGACUGCUCGCAGUUGUACGAAGUAGAAGCGCGUGUGGGUCAAGUCCGUCGCAACCGCAUCUGCGUCGAGUGUGUGGUGCGUGUGGACGCCUGUAAAUUCGAGGAUGCAAACCUCAUUGCAGCUUUAGGACCGACGGUCGUGAGUGACGACCGCUGGUUCUCCGACAGCGAGCUGGACGACACGGACACGGCGUCGCUCGAGUCAUUCCCGUCCAACUCUUCGUCGUUGCACGACCAGUUAACGUCGGAUGACCCAGCUACGAGAUCCCAGGCACUCGAACAGCUCGGGCGUCUGGUGAGUCCGGCGAACUCCGUAUCGUCGAAGCGGAGACGCAAGCAAAAGACCAAGAACCUGGUCGAGAAGGUGCGCUGGGACGUUGAACAUCACCUCGAACAGAGCUUACGUGUGGCCGAAAAGCAUUCCAAACCCGAAGACUGUGACGUGGCGGACCUGGAACGGGACUACGCCUUCGAAUUCGACGGCAGCAAAACGCGCGACCCGAACCACCCGUUGCCACCGACGCCUGAGCAGCACAAAGAACAGAAACGUCUGCAGUACAUCCACGACUCGGGCGUGUUGGACCCGACGUACGACCGUGCGGCGCUCAAUCUUUUGGCUCAAGUAGCAGCCAAGCAGCUCAACUGUCCGGUCGGAUACGUGUCGAUGGUGGGCGAGGACAUGUUCCACGCUGUGGGAACGUUCCCUCAACGACCACCGGAGAUGAACGUGGCUCCUCGUACUGAGAACAUGUGCGCCCACACUGUCUACGCGGACAAACCGCUGGUCGCCAAGAAUCCACAACGUGAUAUGCGUUUCGCUCAGAUGCCUAUCAUUAAGGACGCGGGUGUGAAGUUCUAUGCAGGGUUCCCGAUCCGAGCACCCGAUGGAGCUAUUGUGGCGUCACUCUGUGCGUCGGACUUCAAACCACACGACAACAUUACCACCAAGGAGUACGCGACGAUGGAGACACUAGCUAAGCUCGCUGGGCAACUCGUAGCACCACAACUGCUUGCAGCCCCAGCAUAUUAACUCUGCACGAUUAACGAGCAAAUCUUAUCGAUAUAUUUGCACCAU